AUGAGACGCGUCGACAUGUCAAGCGAAUUGACAAAGAACAAGUACCAAGCGUACAAAAACUACCAAGUCUACCAAGAGGCGGUCCUCAUCGACAUGCUAGUCCCCUUUUGCGACAUCGUUUUUGGAAGACCGUCCAAAAGAACGACCACCACUCUUCAGUUUUUGUUUAUCAAGGAACUCCGGUUCGACGGGUAUGUUGUCGACGUGUCUGAGUUCAUCGAGUCGCGAUGUGAAGACAUUUCGAACAUGGAAAAGAAGAAAGGAGUCAAAGAAAAAACCUCAAUGCGGCGGUGUGAGAACAACAAGUUUACCGAGUGUCUCCACCUUCUCAUCGACAUUCUCACGGAACUUGGCUACUUUUUCAACACGUCGAAGUCACAAGGCAAAAAUGGUAUUGCAAAAUCCGAGACUAUUCAGAGGAUUUUCAAAGACAAUAAGUGUUUGUUUAGUAAGCAAGAGAUCAUGGGACUUGGCAAAGAGAUUCACCAAAGAAUCGUGAAGACUGUUACUUCAAACCCAAAUUUUGUCCUUACAGCAAAUGAGAUCAGACCUAAUGGUACACUUUCCGCACAUCCCUUCUGUCAAUUGUAA